AUGAGAAGACCUCAAGAGCUGAUAAACGGGUCAGUUUCGGGGAGACCCUAUUGGAGCUACACCCUGUAUCGAGGCCCCAAGAAAGAGAUGGUCCAAGUCCAUUAUUGCGGAACGAAAGCUUCUUCAGAAGCCGCGGCGCAAAAGUUCCUCAACGAAAAAGUGCUAGGCUUCGAUAUGGAGUGGCCAAUUCAUCCCACGAGUGAUCGAUUACAGCAAAUGAUCGGGUUAAUUCAGGUGGCAAGCGAAUCCCAAAUCGCUCUCUUUCAUCUCGGCGUGCACACUGGGACCACUGUCGAUGACAUCCUGGCCCCGUCACUGCGUUAUCUCAUCGAAUCUAAAAACAUUGUUAAAGCCGGCAAUAACAUAUGGGUAGCAGAUUGUCCGCGCUUGAUAAAUUUCUUCGGCCUCAAACCCCGCGGAAUCGUCGACUUGACAGUGCUGCACCGCGUUGUCAAGUACGGCGCAACCGACCCACGGAAAGCACGGGGCAGAUGCAUCGCAAUGGCCAAGAUAGUCGAGGAACAUCUCUUCCUACCCUUGAAUAAGGAUCCGAAUGAGAGGACCAGCAACUGGUCUAGGGGAUUGAAUCAAAAGCAGAUGAAUUAUGCUGCAACCGACGCCUACGCGGGAGUUAUUCUCUACCAUACGCUAGACUGGAAGAGGAGGUCAAUGAAGCCCAUCCAACCAAUGCCCGAGUUUAAAGAAUUGGAGCUUCCUAUCAAACUCAUA